AGAGAGAGAGAGAGAGGAGAGGGAGGGAGGCGCGCAGGGAAAAGACGAUCGCUUGGAAACGGCAGCAACAGACCAGGAAAUCGCUGGGCAGACACCAGGUGACUGGUGGCACAGCAUGACUUUCUUCCUAAGCCCUGAACUGAGCACCCAAUAGUCACUGGAUUCAGUGGCUUCCCCCCUGCCCCCCUUACAAGAGAUGUCUGGAACUAGAGGCAAUGGAGAGCACUGGAAGUCCUUGGAGUCCGUGGGGAUCAGCCACAAGGAGCUGGCUCUUGCGGAAGCCCUGCAGAUGGAGUAUGAUGCAUUGUCCCGCCUGAGGCAGGAUAAGGAGGAGAGCCAGGCGAAGCAGAAUACUGACCAACCUCUCAUUUCCUGGGAUGAUCCAAUUCUGGAUUACAACAAGCCUGCUGUAAGGAAUGACUGCCACAAUAUCAAGGUCAUGAGAGGCCUCUCUGGCUCAGACUCUACCCUGAACUACAAUGCCCUCUCUGGCCAGGAGGUUUCGAGAGCUUUUGGGACCAACAACUCUACCUCAUCCAGUCUGCUGCCUGAGCCAGAGAGCCAGCCUUGGUUGAAGGGACCUCUCUCCAGCGACUACUUGUACAUCUUUGACAGCACGGGGGGUGACUUCCUCACUGACCCCCCCAAUAGUACACCCCACCAGAACAGCAGUAGCGGCAGCUCCCCUAAGAAGCUUUCUCCUCCCCCGUUGCCCCCUCGCAUUGCCAUCUGGAAUGCCUCUGAAGUGAACCAAGCUUCCUUGAAAGGCUCCCAACCCAAUGAUAUCAACAUGUUCUCCUCAACCCACGAGAGGGCUGAUGGAAAAUUGCUAGGCCGUAGAAUCUCGGAAGAGGACCCGUACAGCACAGUGGACUACGAUGGCAUCAACGACGCCAUCACCCGGCUCAACCUCAAGUCCACUUACGACACCGACCUUCUGAGGGAUGCCCCAUGGAGCUGGAAGGAAGGCAGAAGCAUUUUUGAGAAAGAAAGCAGUGGGAAGCCGGUUGCUCGCAGCAAGACUAUGCCUCCUCAGGUACCUCCCAGGACCUACGUCUCCAGGUCUGGUGGACGGAAGAAUUCUGGACCCAACAAGAACCGGAGGAUAUCAGCAGAUCCGACCACUUCUCAACAUUAUCCUGUGGCCAAUGGCUAUGAGCUGUUUGAGGUUUCUGAGGAGAAGGAUGAAGAGGUUGCUGCUUUCUGCCAUAUGCUGGAUGUACUUAGAUCUGGCUACAGUACCAAGGACUAUUCCCUUACUGGUUUUGUCUGGAGUGCUGUCAACCUCAGUCGUGAACACCUUGGCCAUGGAGUCAGCUUGAAAGUGACUGUGGUUUAUGACAGCCUGCAGGAGCCUCUCACUUUUACUUGUGACUGCUCCUCCACCGUGGACUUGCUCAUCUAUCAGACUUUGUGCUACACUCAUGAUGACUUGUGUGAUAUCGAUGUGGAUGACUUCGUUCUCAAACUGUGUGGCCUUGAGGAAUUCCUGCAAAACAAACAUCCACUGGGAAGUCAUGAAUACAUCCAGCACUGCAGGAAGUUUGACAUUGAUAUCCGGCUGCAGCUGAUGAAGAGGAAGGCUGUGCGCACUGACUUGGCUAGGACGGUGAACGAUGACCAGAGUCCUUCCACGCUCAACCACUACGUUCACCUCCAGGAAAGGCCAAUCAAGCAGACCAUCACCAGGCAGGCCUUGAGUCUCCUCUUCGAUACCUUCCACAACGAGGUUGAUGCAUUCCUAGCCGUGGAGGGAGACGUCCAAGUGAAGGCAGAACGAGUGAUCCAGUCUGUCAUGGCCAUUUGCAAUGCUCUGGCUGCUGUGGAGUCCCAGGAGAUCACUGCAGCCCUGAAUCAACUGCCACCCUGUCCAUCUCGCAUGCAGCCUAAAAUCCAGAAGGAUCCAAAGGUUUUGGCCAUGAGGGAAAACAGAGAGAAAGUUGUGGAAGCUUUGACGGCCUCCAUCUUGGAUCUGGUGGGGCUCUACUGCAACACAUUCAAUGCCGACUUCCAGACCGCGAUUCACGGGAACCGAAAACAUUGCCUCUCCCAAGAGGCCCGGCUUCUCUCCUGCCCCCUCUCCUUCACCGUCUAUGCCACUCACCGCAUUCCCAUAACCUGGGCGGCAAGCUAUGAAGAUUUCUAUCUCUCCUGCUCACUCAGCCAUGGUGGCAAAGAGCUCUGCAGCCCCUUGCAAACCCGAAAAGCUCAUGUGUACAAGUACCUCUUCCAUCUCAUCAUCUGGGACCAGCAAAUCUGCUUCCCAGUCCAAGUGAAUCGCCUCCCGCGAGAGACUCUCCUGACAGCCACGCUCUAUGCCAUUCCAAUCCCGCCUCCCGGGAGUUCUUCCGAGACCAACAAGCAGCGCCGUGUCCCAGAGGUUUUGGGCUGGGUCACCACACCGCUCUUCAACUUCCGGCAGGUCCUGACCUGUGGACGGAAGCUCCUGGGUUUGUGGCCAGCGACUCAAGACCCGUCUAGUGCCAGGUCAAGUGCUCCUAACUUCAACCAGCCUGACAGUGUUAUUCUGCAGAUUGACUUCCCCAGUUCAGCAUUUGAAGUCAAGUUUACCAGUCCACCGGCAGCUGAUUUCAGCCCCCAGUACAACUUCAACAGCCUCUUUGAGGGAGACCAGCGGAAGCUGAAGGAGGUGAUGCAGAAGGAAUCGCUUUAUUGGCUAACAGAUGCCGACCGGAAGCGGCUGUGGGAGAAGCGUUAUUACUGCCACUCUCAGCCGGGCUCCCUGCCUCUGCUGCUGGCCAGUGCCCCGAGCUGGGAGUGGGCCUGCUUGCCUGACAUCUAUGCCCUGCUGAAGCAAUGGACUCACAUGAAUCACCAAGAUGCUCUUGGGCUGCUGCAUGCAGCGUUCCCAGAUCAGGAGGUGAGGAGGACGGCUGUGCAGUGGAUUGAUUCCAUAUCUGAUGCUGAGCUACUGGAUUAUUUGCCCCAGCUGGUACAGGCUCUGAAAUAUGAAUGCUACCUGGACAGUCCCUUGGUGCGGUUCCUUAUGAAGCGAGCCGUCUGUGACCUGAGGAUAACUCACUAUUUUUUCUGGCUGUUGAAAGAUGGUCUCAAGGAUUCUCAAUUCAGCAUCCGUUACCAGUAUCUGCUGGCAGCUCUGCUGUGCUGCUGUGGCAAGGGCCUGAGAGAGGAGUUUGACCGCCAGUGCUGGCUGGUGAACACCCUGGCUAAGCUGGCUCAGCAAGUUCGUGAAGCUGCUCCUUCAUCGCGACAGGCCAUCCUUCGUGAGGGGCUGGAGGAUGUAAAGCAGUUCUUCAAUGUUAAUGGCUCCUGCCGCCUCCCGCUCAGCCCCAGCCUGCUGGUGAAGGGGAUUGUGCCCAGGGACUGUUCCUAUUUCAACUCCAAUGCGGUUCCUCUGAAGCUCUCCUUCCUGAAUGUUGACCCUCUUGGGGAGAAUAUCCGUGUCAUUUUUAAGUGCGGAGAUGACCUCCGGCAGGACAUGCUAACUUUGCAGAUGAUCCGCAUAAUGAAUAAGAUCUGGGUGCAAGAAGAUCUGGACAUGCGCAUGGUCAUAUUCCGCUGUUUUUCUACUGGUCGAGGUCGAGGGAUGGUAGAGAUGAUUCCUAACGCAGAGACUCUACGAAAGAUCCAGGUGGAGCAUGGGGUGACAGGCUCCUUCAAGGAUCGUCCCCUGGCAGACUGGCUGCAGAAGCACAACCCCAAAGAGGAUGAAUAUGAGAAGGCAGUGGAGAACUUCAUCUACUCAUGCGCUGGCUGCUGUGUAGCUACAUACGUGCUGGGAAUCUGUGAUCGGCACAACGACAACAUCAUGCUCAAGACCACAGGGCACAUGUUCCACAUUGACUUUGGCAGAUUUCUGGGCCAUGCUCAGAUGUUUGGCAACAUCAAAAGGGACCGAGCUCCAUUUGUCUUCACAUCAGACAUGGCUUAUGUCAUCAACGGCGGUGACAAGCCCUCCAGCCGCUUCCAUGACUUUGUAGAUCUCUGCUGCCAGGCCUACAACCUGAUCCGCAAACAUACCCAUCUCUUCCUCAACCUUUUGGGCCUGAUGCUGUCCUGUGGGAUCCCUGAGCUUUCUGACCUUGAAGACCUAAAGUAUGUUUAUGAUGCAUUGAGACCACAGGACUCUGAAGCAGAUGCCACCACCUAUUUCACCAGGUUGAUAGAGUCCAGCCUUGGCAGUGUUGCCACGAAGCUCAACUUCUUCAUUCACAAUCUGGCGCAGAUGAAGUUUGCAGGCUCUGACUCCCGACCGGUGCUCUCCUUUGCCCCCCGUGUCCACACAAUCAAGACGUCCAGCCGGAUCCUUGAUGUCUUCCUCUGCCGUCACGAAAAAGUCUUCAAUCCCAGCAAGGGCUUUAUAUACAUCGUGAAGGUGAAGCGAGAGAACCCCUCCGAAGUCACCUACAUCCAGCGUACCUUUGAAGAGUUCCAGGAACUGCACAACAAGAUGCGCCUCAUCUUCCCCUCUUCGCAUCUCCCCAGCUUUCCUAGCAGGUUUGUGAUUGGACGCUCACGAGGAGAAGCAGUGGCUGAGAGGAGGAGAGAAGAACUGAAUGGCUACAUCUGGCAUCUGAUCCAUGCAGCUCCUGAGGUGGCCGAGUGUGACCUGGUGUACACAUUUUUUCACCCCCUCCCAAGGGACGAAGUUGCUGCAGGCACCAAUCCAGCACCCAAACUGCCUGAUGCAUCAUGGUCCCAACCUGUUGGAAAACUGGGUGGGGAGGUGAAGCUGUCUGUUUCCUACAAAAACAACAAGCUGUUUAUCAUGGUCAUGCAUAUCCGAGGCCUGCAGCCUAUUCAAGACGGCAGUGAUCCCGACCCGUAUGUUAAGAUCUACCUUCUGCCCGAUCCCCAGAAAACCACCAAGAGGAAAACGAAAGUCGCUAGAAAAACAUGCAACCCUACUUACAACGAAAUGCUUGUCUAUGAUGGGAUUCCUAAAGGAGACCUCCACCAGCGGGAACUGCAUCUGAGUGUCCUGAGUGAAGAGGGCUUUUGGGAGAACAUCCUCCUUGGGGAGGUCAUUAUCCGACUGCGGGACCUAGAUCUGACACAGGAGAAGAUGGGCUGGUUUGAACUGGGCUCUAGGAGUCACGGGACCAUGUGAAGAGGAGCAGCAAGGCAGUCGCUGUGUCUUUGGAACCACUCUGGCCCCAUGGGAGUCCCUGGGAAUUGGUGCAUGUUCCAGGAGUUCUAUCCUGGUGUAUCUGACAGGAUUUAGUUUCCUGCAAAUAAGGACGGACAGAUGUUAAGUUUCUCUGCAAAUGAAGGGUUAAUUUCCUGUGGAGAGUGAGCAUUUUGGGGUGGAGUCAUGAUAGGAAAUUCAUUUAUGACUUAAAAUGGCUGCCAUAGACUUUCCUUUUUAUACAUUUUCCUUGUGUCAAGGGAGCAAUGACUUAUGGGGGGCGAAAUAAUAGGGGGCACCCCCCUCUUUGGGAUAUUUUAAUUUUUUAAGAAAAACAAAUGAUUUCAGUCCAGAUGGGACAUAGGAGCACAUGCUGAGAAGGAGCUUUUCUAGGCAGGAUAUAUCAUCAGUGAGAUUCUUGCUGGACUUUCUCAAAAGUUGUUGUUGUUGUUUGUUGUUGUUUUAAGUAAAUAAAGGAAUGUGUGCAUAAGAACUUGAGGGGCGGGAGGGGAAAUGUUUGGGUUGGAUAUAAAUGGUAGAUGAAAUCCUUAUCUCUGGGACAGGAGCUGGUGUGGUCCAACUCAAGCCAUCUUGGAGAAUUUGCUUCCAAAGGAGAGCUAUGUAAUGUAUAUAUGUGAAGAGCUUACAGUUCUCGAUUUCCUGCUUGGAGAUGUAACCUAAAAGGCAUGCUCUCUUGGACUAACAUUUAGACUUGUCCUAGGAGGCAAAAGGCAACCAUAUUCCUCUUGAUUCUAAACACCUACUAAGGCCUUGGGCAUAGCAGCUAUCUGAAGAGCUGUGUGAUAUUUCCACCUUACUUCCUUGCUUGCCUUUUGCACAUGUUCAUCUGGCCAGUCUGAGGAGCUGGAACUGAUUAGAUACGGUUACGCUGCAUCUUGGAAUCAGAGCGAUUUUCCUGGUCUCGCUUCUCCCAAGCUGUGACUUUGGAAAAUGGGUUCCUUGAAUUAGCCAAACCGCCUCUGUGACAGUUUCCUGUGUAUGGCCAUUUCUUUCCUGUUGCCUAAAACCAGAUUACAUUAGCAAAUACCUAAAGCCUUUUCAGGAUUCUCAUCUUCAGUGUCACCGCAGGCUCUUCUUCUGAGCUAGUGGGUGGGAGGCAAAGGAAAAGGCAAACUAGCUGGAAACCUGGUUAAAAGGUUACCUGGCAUUUUGCCGCUGAGCACCCAUGACUUACUGAAACCUUUGCAUACACCCACUGCCCUGCAAUGCCUUUUGUAGGCCAGGUGGCCAUGAGCUGUUCCUUUGUAGCCUUUUCUUUGAGAAGUAAACCUGUGUAAAAUAAAAAACUAAAAAUAGAAAGGUGGGGAGGGGGAAUAGCCAGCUUUUAAACCUUUGUCUCUUUGCAAUUAUAUAAAGACCAGAAUGUGUGUUGUUGGAUCGUUUUUCUCUCUCUUUUAAGAAUCAUUCUUAAAGUAUGUCCUGUUUGCGGGUUGCCAUUUGCCUCCUUGAAUGAAAAAGAGAGCACUUCAAAAUGGAGGGGAAGAUGUUUCCUAUCUCAGACAGGAGCCUUGCACCAUUGGGCCUAGCCCUCUCCCUCAGAGCUCGUCAUCUUCUAGCUAGCCUGAGCUGUUUGUUUACAGCAGGGACUCCUGUACAGAUGAAACGUUUCUCAGGUUCAAGAACAAAAAAAUAAAAUAUGGUAUCUGAGAGGUAUAAGCCAAGUUUUUUUAACCGUUCUCUAGAUCAAGGUUUGCCUGAAACUUGGAUUUUUUAAAAUCUGCAUAAGAGGUGCAGGUGGAUUUCAGAGUCAGAUAAGCAGCUACGUGAGACAACCUUGGCCUGCUCAUGUCACCUGUUCUGUUGGAAAUGAGGGAGAGAUGGCAUCUCGCAGAUCCCUGGAUCCUUCCUCUGUUGUAAAAUGGUGGCAUUAUUUGAAGUUAACAAAUAAAAGGAAAUGGAAUUCA